CCUGUCUCCGGCAUCCUUUAGUGUUGAGUAAAGAGGAGGGUGCUUUCCUGCUCAAGUGAACACAUCGGCCAUUGAGGAUAAGUUGAAGACGUUAAGCCUAAAGGCGGCUAUCCCGAAAGAGGCCAAUUCCUAGUUAUUAAAACAUCGUCACCUGCCGGAUCCGUGCGGCUUCAUGCUCUGUUACAGCGGAGACGUCUGAGUCUGUCGGCGUGCGUGCUGCGCCAGGUGUCGGGCCACAGUGCGUGGGAAAAUGCCAUCUUUUUUAUGGAGAGUUUGGUCUGCACUUGUGUUGCUUCUCCUCCCUUCCACUGUGGCUGCUGAAGAGUCGUCGCUACUGGAAGGCUGGCAAGAUGUCUGGCUCUUCCGCUUCCUCGUCAACUUGCUGGGAUAUUCCACCAUCAUCAUCCCGGGCUACCUCCUCAUUAGAUACUUGAAACGCAUCAACUAUUUAGAAACAGGUAGUGGGCCUUGCUACCCUAUCAUAAAGACAUGUGUGUUUGGCAGCGAGGCCAAAACAGGUUUGUUGGAUGACGUGCCAGUUGCACCCAGGAACGAGGGUGAAUCCGGCUCGUCAGUCAGACAGGUCAUCAAAUUGAUCUUUUGUGCUGCCGGACUUCAGGCAUCAUACCUGACAUGGGGAGUCCUGCAGGAGAGGGUGAUGACUCGUUCCUACGGAGCCGCAGCACCAGAAGAGCAGGGUGAGAAAUUCACAGACUCUCAGUUCUUGGUCUUCAUGAACCGUAUCCUGGCUCUCACUGUGUCAGGCCUGUGGUGCAUCUUGUUCAAGCAACCUCGCCACGGAGCACCCAUGUACAAGUACUCCUUCGCCUCGCUCUCCAACAUCCUAAGCAGCUGGUGUCAGUACGAGGCACUCAAGUACAUCAGCUUCCCCACUCAAGUCCUGGCCAAGGCCUCCAAAGUCAUUCCUGUCAUGCUCAUGGGUAAGAUCAUCUCCCACAAGAGCUACGAAUACUGGGAGUACUUAACGGCCGUGCUGAUCUCGGUGGGCGUCAGCAUGUUCCUGCUGUCCAGCACCACCAGCAAGCACCCGUCAACCGUCACCACCUUCAGCGGGAUCAUCAUCCUCAUUGGCUACAUCGUCUUCGACAGCUUCACCUCCAACUGGCAGGACAACCUGUUCAAGUACAAGAUGUCAUCAGUGCAGAUGAUGUUCGGGGUAAACCUGUUCUCAUGCCUCUUCACCGUCGGCUCGCUGCUGGAGCAGGGUGCUUUCUUCGACUCGCUGGCCUUCAUGACCCGCCAUUCCGAGUUUGCCUUUCAUGCUGUGUUGCUGUCCGUUUGCUCGGCGUGCGGCCAGCUCUUCAUCUUCUACACCAUCAGCCAGUUCGGUGCCGCAGUCUUCACCAUCAUUAUGACCCUGCGGCAAGCCAUCGCCAUUCUCCUCUCUUGUUUCCUCUACGGUCACGCUGUCACCAUUGUAGGUGGCUUUGGUGUUGCUGUAGUUUUCUUGGCACUUUUCCUACGGGUAUAUGCACGUAGCCGCAUGAAGUCGGGCCGACGACCAGCACAGCCGCACGUACAGAAGGUGUAGAGCUCCAAGGUCGCACCAAUCUGGGAACUGAGACCACAUUUUCAGUGGUGGUUUUUGUCUAUUUGUGUGUAUCUGUUGGGUUUUUACUGUUCUUUUCCAUUUGUUUUUAUUUUUGUUAGCAGUGGUACAGAAAAGGGAUUCUGUAGCUCUGACUCUUCCACCAAGAUGCCCCUAAGGGAUCCAGGUGAUUUGUCAGGACAGCAGUUAUUGAAGUUUUGAGUGCCUAAAAGAUUGUCUAAUACACAAGUUCCAAACCAUAAACUGUCCAAACUGCCUCCUCAGCUCUUUCACAGUUUAACAGUAUUGUUUUUCUAAAUCACUGUACAUGGCUCGUGCAGCCAUGCCAAAGGUUACUGUGACCCCGAAAAAUGUAUGUGAGCUGUAUGACUUAGCAUUAAUUUUCAUGAAUGACAAUUUCCCUUACUUAGCUCUACCUUCUGCAAAGACAACACCUUGUCUCUGUUGAGCUUUCAGUCACAAAAGCCAGAUGCUUAUCUCAAAGUCCUCUCUGUUGAAAAGCAGGGCCCUUUUAUGUGUAUUCAUGUGGGAUUUUAUCUUUUUAACGCUGUAAACAUAGCCUGAAAACAUGGUGCGUAUAUUGCUAUUUAAUUUAAGGUAUAUUAACAUAUUACAAGAGGAUACCAUCUGUAAUAGAGAGUGGUACAGGGUUUGUGUAAUUCAGGGCACGCACUACUUACAAAUUGUAUAAUUUACAAUCACUGAAGCAGAUGCCGAUGUUGGUACUUUUUGCAACCUGUUAUUUUAAGAUGACUUUUUUUUUUCUUGUUGCCUCAACACAGACUUUACUUAAUGUUUUAAAUUUGGGCUAAAAACCUUGUAAAUAGAUCUCUCAGUCGUUGUUUAUUUCCAACCAACUUGUCUGUUGUGUACUUUUGUAAAAGGACUGCUUCAUGUGUUUCACUGUUAUAUGUGAAUGUUUGGAUGAAUACUGAAUGGAUGAUGAUGCUCAUUGCCUUCAUAAGGAUGUGAAAAUACUGUUGGCUAAGGGAUGGAGUUUGGAGGACAGAAUGCGUACAAGGGAAAAGCAAUGUUAUUGGUACCUUGUUUUUAUCAUUCUACUAUUUCCUCUGGUUAUUGGAUUAAUAAUAAAACAUUAAAUUAACUUAA